AUGAGCGCCUUCUCGGAAUUUUUCAAGAAAGCUCAUGAUGCGAUAAACGGGAUUAGAGGAGGAAACUCGUUCUUCUUGGGUAAGGAUGGAGACGUGGUUUAUUCGAAAAAUAACGUCUGUGUUCAUGAAACCGAUGCAAAAGCGGGAGAAGAUGAAGCACAUUGCCCGGGAUACCUUAGCGUUCAGUGUCAAUGUGAUGAGAGCUUGGGGUUGACUCUGAUUCUCCAAUGGUUACCCAACGUGACUCUUCACAAGAAUCCACAGAGUAUUCGAAGUGUAUCUCCACGUGGAAAACAGAAUCGAGAUGAGACUCCACCCACGAGAACUGCAGAGGAAGUGAGAAUUGCAUUGGGAUCCGAUGAGGACAGCAGCCAGAGUGUUUCGCUCGAUAUUCAAGUUGAAGAGUGUGGUACGGCAGUGCCUGUGAAACAGGUGAAACGUCCUACAACUCUAGUGCCGUAUUCAGCGGUAUGGAAUUUUCAAAUUAUUAAUUUCUAUCUGAAAUUUUUACAGCAGGAAGACCACAGCUUCAACGACGCGCUUGGCGUCCCCUCGAUCAAUGUGAUUCCACACACUCCAAUCAAACAUGAGAAGGAUGGAAUUCAGAACUCGGAAAAGGUCAAGGAUGAUGUGGAAAGACAAUCACAAUCUUCACUAUCUACGUCUUGUGCAGAUGAGAUGUCAGAAAAGGAACUGAGCUCUUCAGAGGACGAAGAUGAUGGUUGUGAAGGCAAAGUGGAUGUUGGAGUUGGAGGACUUGAGAAGAUUCUUGAAUCUACUCAAAUGUUUGAUGUGACUCCGGAACAAUUUGCUCUGGAACAUGAUCUCAUGCUCACUGACACCAAGACCACAGACAAUGAUGAGCAGUCUCGAGGACGUACGAAGAAAGCAGGAACUACCAGUCUUUUCUCCGUAAACCUCGCUAAUUGCUUUUUCCACUUUUCAAAUUUUUCAGGGAAGAUGCGGAGCAUGAGAGUAUUCUACUCGGAUCCAGAGUGCACAUGUGGGCAAUUAGUGAUUGCAACACUCGACUCACAUUAUAAGAUCCUCCACUUCCAUCACGGAGGACUGGACAAACUCGCCAAAAUCUUCGAGCAAUGGUCCAGCAUCAAGGCGCGAAGUGUGCAAGAAGGCUCUCCAUCAGCCAUUGCCGAUAAACAACUAAUAAUAUGCCAACCAGCAGCGCCAACAUUUGAGAAGGAUCCAGAAGAAGGGUUAUUCGAAAAGAUGACGUUGAAUGAGUGGCGUAGCUAUGAAAACAAGGCAGGUGUCAUCGUGGAUAGCUCGACGGUCCGGAAGCACAUUCAUUUUGCGUCAGUGAAUUUUGAUAUACGCGAAAAGGUGUGGCCGUUCCUUUUAAGAGUGUACCCAUGGGAGUCGUCUGCCGAUCAGAGGGACAAUAUCAAAAACGAUUUGUUCUUGGAAUACCAAAAUAUCAGAAAGAAGAGAUAUAGGACGAUGGAUAAUGCUCCAGCUCGAUGGCUCUCGAUUGAAAACUCAAUUGUGAAGGAUGUAAUAAGAACAGACCGGAAGAAUCCAUUCUUCGCCGGUGACAAUAAUCCAAAUGGGGAAACCAUGAAGAAUAUUCUGAUAAACUACGCCAUCAUGAAUCCGGAGAUCAAUUACAUUCAGGGGAUGUCCGAUCUUCUGGCCCCGUUGCUGAGCACCCUCAACGAUGAGGUGGAUGCUUACUUUUGUUUCACCAAUUUCAUGAAGCGCACUGUGUUCUCAUCCACUCCACAGGGAAAUGAGAAUUUGAUGGAGACAAAUCUCAAUUACCUGCGGAACAUGAUAAAACUGUUUGAGCCGGAUUUCUACCAGCAUCUUGAGAAGCAAAAGCCAGAUGCAAUGCAGCUGAUGUUUGUACAUCGUUGGAUUCUUCUUUGCUUCAAAAGAGAAUUCCCCGAAAACCAUGCACUUCAUGUGUGGGAGGGAUGCUGGGCGGCUUGGCGAACCAAUUACUUUCAUCUCUUUGUCUGUGUUGCUAUAGUGUCUGUAUAUGGAAAGGAUGUUAUAGCUCAAGACUUGCCUCAUGAUGAGAUUCUCCUCUACUUCUCAUCUCUUGCCAUGCACAUGGAUCCUGUGCUGGUAUUACAAAAAGCUCGCGGACUACUGUAUGAGUUCACUAGGCUUGAAAAGGUCCCAUGUGUGCUUGAAGGAUUGUGUUCGGCGGAAAAUGAACAGUGGCACUCGCACAAGUCCUUCAGAAAUUUCUAUUGUAACCAGAGCCACACCGACAAAGAAGUCUGUCCAUACCAAUAA